GCUGAGCGUUAUAUCCUACUGCUCGACGGCAUCUCAGGCUCUUUCAGUACCGUCUCCCAUUUUUCGCGGAUCUUCAGCCCCAGACACCGAUAUUUUGUCGCUGCCUCGCUAUAUAGACGGACAAAAUCAAAAAGUCAGACAAAGCACCAGUCAGACACUAUUUGCACCUACACCAUAUUUGAAAAGUUUACUCCAGUAUCAGAGUCGUUCCUUUCUGAGCAGCACCACUUUCCAUCCCAUCAGAGAGCUCUUCGACAGCAAUGUCUGAAGACUUUGAAUCCGGCCCCUCUAUUGUCGAGCUCUUUUUGUCUGCCAAAAAGCUACUUUCGCUCCAGACACGAGUUGAAAAUCGACAGCUCAGAAAGUCUAACUCCAAGAGCCAACUCAGUCACAUGAACAACACGAAUAAUACCAGCCACUUGCAGACCUCUUCCACGACCUCCAGCACGCCUAACCAGACAUUUGGCAGCUCCGGCAUGUCGGCCAGUCCCAAACAUGAUAAAGUUCUAGAUUUGCUAUCGCCUCUCUCCAUAGACGAUCUCAAGAACUCCCCGUAUAUACCCAAAUCGAACGCUUCAGCUACUGCAACAAACGUCAGCAACGCCAAGUCGCUGCAGAUACAAGCUCCGGCCGUAGGGUCGAAUAGCGUCGGCAGCAACAGCAACCACCAAAAUAAUGGCACUCACAAUAGUAAUAAGAGCGCCCGCACUAUCAACACUCCAGCAUCGAUGAAUGACGAUUCAUCUCCACCAAACUCAAAUAUGUCUGUCACUUCAUCCAGACAUAACUCCGACUCUACACUGGCCUCCAGCCAGCCGUCUGCAUCGUCCAGCUCUGCCAAUAUCGAAAAAGAGAUGGACUUCAGUCCUAUGGUAAUAGACGAAGAGGGCAAUAAUGACAAGCACAUCAGCAACAGCAACAGAAGCAUUAACAACAGCAACAAUAACAGUAACACUAAAAGUAAUACCAACGAAACUGCUACUUCUAAUAGUAACGGUACCAUAAAGUCAAACUUGACCAGUUCGCUUUCACAGCAAAUAAUGAAGUCCACCAGCCCCACUCCUCCAGCAGCUGCUGCCAGACCAACAGAAUGCUAUAACUGUCAUACUUUGAACACUCCCUUGUGGAGAAAGGACCCAACAGGAAACACCUUAUGUAAUGCCUGUGGGUUGUUCUUGAAGUUGCACGGAACCACAAGACCGUUGUCUCUCAAGACCGACGUUAUCAAGAAGCGGUCAUCGCGCAAAGCCCCCGUGGCCAACCAGAAGCUUUCGUCUUCGAUGCCUUCUUCUUCGUACAAGUCACUCUCUAUGAACGAUCAGGCCAUGACUAACGUAAUCAAGUUCAACCUGAACUACGUAGGAAGUAUCCCCAUUGCCAGCAAGGAUAGCUCCGUAAUCAGCAGCAGUAACGUACUUAGCAAUGUCCAGCAAGGCGGUGUCCAGACCGCUCCCAACUCAUUGCGGGAUGGAUCACUUCCUAGAUACAAAAACGUGCUCAUUUUACCUAAACCAUCCAGUUCCACCAAUCUCAGUACCGGAGGCUCGACUCCUAAUACCCCUACUUCGGUCAACAUGAAGUCGAUUCCUAUCCCUAAUCAACACGGAAGUUCUGUAACUAGUCCUUCUUCUCCGUAUACGCCUGGUUCUGUCCAGAACGCUAACCAACAGUUCAAACGUAAGAAGUCAGAUAUCAACAUUUCGGGUGACUACUACGGCAGUACGAACAGCAUAUAUGAGAACGGAAGAAGAGUUUCGUCUACGUCUUUGUCAAAUAGCUACGGAACCUCUCUUUCUAAUAGUUAUAACAAAAGGGGCGGCUUCUCGUCGUCUUCGUUCCAGUCGUCUUCGUUCAACAGAAGAACGUCUAUGACAAACUUGCAAUCGCAGCAACGGAAGUUAACUUCAAACAGUUUCAGCUUGAGUAACAGCUACAGCAACAAUAGCAAUAAUAAUAAUAGUAGCAAUAGUGCCAACUCGUUGACUUCAUCCAACAUCAGCCUUUUGAACCAGCGGAUGACGGGCACAAAUAACGGUAACUCGUUCUUCGACAACCCUCCUGCUCCUACUAUUUCUAGACAUAACAGUUCUGCCAGUACUAUCAUGAAGCAAGGCAUGGUUUCGACACCUGGGUCGGUGUCUGCUUCUUCUCCUUCGUUCCACCGGAAUUCAUAUACUGAGUACUAUAGAAGGAACCCUGGGUUCGAGUCGAACAAUGCUGUCGACUCUAUCAGCAUUCCUCCGGCUCCGUUGAACGUAGUAGAUUUGCUUCCUUCGUCCAGACCUUUGAACGUUUCGGACUCUGUGAGCAGCAACAAGCCUUUUGUGAAUCCUGGUAUUGAUGACGAGGUGGUGAAUGUCAACGAAUUAAUGGAUACAAGCGGCGGAGAUAACGAUUUCUUUAAGAACUUUACGUCUUUGCAGAACGAUGAGUUUAUAGCUGGCACCAACGUCAAGAGCGAGCCAGAGUUGGAUCUCCAGCCCCAUACCAGCAAUGUUAGCACGAAGUCGUCUUUGACCGACGGAUUGAAGAACCAAAAGAGAGCCAAUCUUGCAAAUAGUAUGAACAACGACGUAAAAGACUUGGACUGGUUGAAAUUCGAGAUCUAGACGAUAGACUGUACUGGAGAACGACAAUGAAUGAUAUUAGAAUGAGGAGAAUUGCUACGGUGAAUGGCACAUUAUUAACUUAUAGACAGUUUUCCUGGUAUUAAUUUUACUUUACGAGUUUAUGAUGCUAAUGUAUCGGUGUAUUAAAAAUUGUAUAACUUAUAAUAAACAAUGGCGAUUAGAC